UUGGGUUGUGGGACAACACAUGGUCCAUGUGCGAUGACGUCAUCACUAGCGCGCGCGGUCAGCCUGUCUGGUCUUCUGAGGAGCAGUUAACGACGUUCAUGUUCGGUGAAGCUCCUCGCACAACAAUCCUGCCUUCAGUGCUUUAACCCAUAAAUGCUGGAAUAUUCCCAUCAGACGAGCAUUAGAGCAUCAGGAAGAGCUGAAAUCUGCAAAGACUGAGUUUAUUAAAGAGGACAGUGAGAACAUGAGUGAUCCAGAACCCUGCAGAAUGAAACACACUGAAGAUACUGAAGAACAAAGAGAGUUGAUUGAAAGAAAUGAGGAGAAUGGAGGAUUGAGUGAAGUUGAGGAGAAAGAGAAUGUCAUAACUGGAGAAAAACAUUUUAGUUUUUCUCAAACCAAACAGAAAGUUUUAAAGAAAAGAAGAGCCAAGAAAUCUUUCACCUGCACUCAGUGUGGAAAGAGUUUCACAUACAAACAAAGUCUUGAGCGUCACACGAAAGUUCAUACUGGAGAGAAGCCGUUCACAUGUGAUCAGUGUGGGAAGAGUUUCAAAAUCAAAUAUGAGCUUGAUGUUCACAUGAGAGUUCACACUGGAGAGAAACCGUACACAUGUGAUCAAUGCGGGAAGACUUUUACACAAUCAGGACACCUUAAAGAACACAUGAACAUCCACCCUGGAGAGAAACCUUACAAGUGUUCAUACUGCGACAAGAGCUUCAAUCAGUCAGGAAUCCUGAAAAAACAUGAGAGGAUCCACACAGGAGAGAAACCUUACAAGUGUUCAUACUGUGACAAGAGAUUCAAUCGGUCAGCAAAUCUGAAAACACAUGAGAUAAUCCACACUGAAGAGAAACCACACACAUGUGAUCAGUGCGGAAUAAGUUUCUCACAAAAAGUACACCUUAAGGUGCAUAUGAAGGUUCAUACUAGAGAGAAACCGUACACUUGUGAUCAAUGUGGAAAGAGUUUUGCACAAUCAGCCAACCUUAAGGAACAUAUGAACAUCCACACUGGAGGGAAGCCUUACACAUGUGAUCAAUGCGGAAAAUCAUUUUUGUGGUCUUCAGUCCUGAAGAAGCACCUAAAAUGUCAUACAAAAGAAAAGCCACAUUCAUGUAAUGUUUGUGGAAAGAGUUUUUCACGUCUGGAAAAUUUAAAAAAUCAUCAGAAAAUUCAUACUGGUGUGAGAGACUACAUGUGCUUUGAGUGUGAGAAGACUUUUACUGCAGCCAACUGUUUAAAACGGCACCAGAGAAUUCACACUGGAGAAAAACCUUACAAGUGUUCAUACUGUGACAAGAGAUUCAGUCGAUCAGGACACCUGAAAACCCAUAAGAGGAUUCACACUGGUGAGAAACCUUACAUGUGUUCAUAUUGCAACAAGACAUUCAGUCACUCAGCAACUCUGAGAAACCAUGAGAGAAUUCACACUAGAGAGAAAUCACAUCACAGGACUGCAUGAGGGAAGUGUUUCAAGCAUUCAACUUCUCUACA